CGCGCGACCUGGUGCGGCAGCACGGGGGCCUGGACCCGCUGGUGAAGCUAGGCGCGGAGCCGCUGGGCGCGCGCCGGACAAGCCGCUGCUGGCCGCCGUCACGGGCGCCAUCUGGAAGUGCGCCCACCUGCCCCUGAGAACGUGUUACCGCGCCUCAACGAGCUGCGCACACCGUCGAACGUGCUCGUCCAGCCUGCUCGAGACGAGAACGAGGAGGUGCUGACGAACGCGGUGGGCGGGCUGGCGGAGUGCGCCAAGACGGCGGAGAACCGCGCCACGCUGCGCCUGGCGGGCGGCAUCCCGCUGCUGGUGGCGCUGCUGUCGGGCACGAGCGCGCCCAUGCUGGAGAACGUGGCGCGCGUGCUGGGCGAGAGCGCGCGCGAGCUGGAGUCGAUGCGCGUCAUCGAGGAGCUGGACGGCGUGCGCUUCAUCUGGUCGCUGCUCAAGAACCCGUCGCCCCGCGUACAGGCCAACGCCGCCUGGGCGCUCUGCCCCUGCAUCGAGAACGCGCAGGACUCUGGAGAAAUGGUGCGCAGUUUUGUGGGAGGCCUUGAAUUAAUUGUGAGCCUACUGCACUCUGAAGACUCUUCUGUCUUGGCAUGUGUGUGUGCAGCAUUAGCUCGAAUUGCUCAAGAUCGAGAAAAUUUGGCUGUUAUUACAGAUCAUGGGGUGGUGCCUAUGCUUGCUCAACUUGUUCUCACACUUGCGAGCAAGCAGCAAAAGCACAGGGCAGAAAAUGGUUCUGAAGAGAAGAAGGAAAGGAACAGCUGUCCUCAUGAUGAAAGCAAGUCUAAUCAAGAGGUGACAUAA